GCUGGGUGUGUUUGUUUACAACAGAAUAAGAAAAACACACGUGGUUUGAGUCUAAAAUGACAGUAAAAGGUACAGGGUCUUAUCUCUAAUUUACUAAAUGCUUUACAAAUGCAGCAUUUCUUUUAUUUUUCUUAAGACGUUUUUGUUAUAAAUGUUCAUAUUCAGGAAAAGAGUUUAAGAGUUGGAUAUAUAAACGCCUGCUGUCAUGAGUUUGAUAGCUCUGGUUCACUGUAGAAGUGCAGCAUUAAGGUGUUUUUGUAGCAAGGCUGCUGUUCUUCAUUGCAGAAAACUCAGUGAUCAUGUUCAGAAACUGGAACAAACUCAGCCAGAAAAGAGGAAACCGGUGGAGGAGAAACACAGGGUAAGGAAACCUCCAGGGAAAGUGUCUGUGCUGCUGUUCCCUGGACAGGGCAGUCAGUUUGUGGGCAUGGGCAGAGGACUGCUCAAGUACAGCAACGUUAAGGACAUGUUCACUGUGGCUGAGAAAGUGCUGGGGUAUGACCUUCUUUCACUGUGCAUGAAUGGACCUGAGGAGGAUCUGAUGAAGACUGUACAUUGCCAACCAGCUGUAUUCAUCACAUCUUUAGCUGCUGUGGAAAGACUGAAUCACGAAAACCCUGCUGCAAUAGAGAACUGUGUUGCUGCUGCUGGUUUCAGUGUUGGGGAGUUUGCUGCUUUGGUAUUCUCUGGUGCUAUGGACUUUGCUGAAGCCCUUUUUGCAGUGAAAGUGAGGGCAGAAGCCAUGCAGAAAGCCUCAGAUUUGACCCCAAGUGGAAUGUUAUCUGUAAUUGGUAGACCUCAAGCCAAUUACAAAUAUGCCUGCCUUCAAGCUAGAGAGCACUGUCGUUCUCUGGGUAUACAAAAUCCUGUUUGCUCCAUUGCAAAUUACUUGUUUCCAGAUGGGAGGGUCAUUGCUGGACAUCUUGAGGCAUUGGAUUUCCUCCAGAAAACCUCGAAGCAGCUGCAUUUUGUUCGGACGAAACUGCUGCCAGUAAGCGGCGCUUUCCACACACAGCUGAUGGAGCCAGCUGUGCAGCCUUUGAGCAAGGUGCUGCACCAGAUACAGGUGCGCCGGCCUGAGAUCGCAGUUCACUCGAACGUCGAUGGAAAGCGUUACAUGCAAGAAAAACAUGUGCAGCAGCAGCUGGUCAAGCAGCUGGUGUCACCGGUGAAGUGGGAGCAGGUGAUGCAUGAGAUUUAUGAGCGGACACGUGGACAGGAGUUUCCUAACACAUACGAAGUGGGACCUGGGAGACAACUGGGGGCUACACUGCAGAAGUGCAACAUGAAGGCAUUUAAGAACUACACACACGUUGAUGUGGCACUUCCACAAGACGAUUGACAGACAUUUAGAUAAUGUAUGCCUAAAAGUGGUCAUUUACCUGUUGAAGGCUCUCCAGAUCAGUAUGUUCGGAUGAACCUGCCAGUCUAGGUGUCGUUGCUGAGGGAGUUUCUCCCUCCACGUGCUGUUCAGUUCAUCUCCGAUCUGAGCCAGCUGACGUCCAAUUUGCUGAGUAGCUCUCCUAGAACAAACAAUUUGUAUCAUCGUAAGAGUUUCAUUUGAAUGAUGUCAUUCUACACAGUAAUCUGCUCAGUAACAUGAUCCAUCUGUAACAUUAAAGAAAGCACAAUGUCUACACUUUGGUAUAACUGAGUAAAAUGGAUUUGGAGGGGUUUUUAAUUUUCCUACCUCAUGUUGAUCUCGGAGAGAAUGUGGUUUUCCACCUCGCUAGGUCCAGCCUGAGGGGAAAUGGCCCUGCUCACUUGUAGUGCUUGUUCCACCAUUUUAUAUUCUAAACAAAGAGAAUAUUUUAUAUUUUAUUUUUAUCUAAACAGCAUCCAUUCCUAGUAAAGCUGUGUAUCUGUUUCCUUGUUUUCUACCUGUUUUAAGUGGUUAUUUAUUACAAGUAUUGUUGGGUUGUA